GGAUCCAAAGUGGUCCUAGUAUUAAAAUUAGGGCAAAUUCUAGAGGGCAGGAGUUUCACAUGUCUUGUAUUACUUGUUUGAAUAUAAAUUUUUUGGUUUCACUUUCAAGCAAUGAACGAUAAAGUUAUUGAAGACAAGAAGAAAAAAAGUUUAAAAGCUAUCGGAGAAAAUGGGAAACUCGCGUCCAAGGUAGUUAUUGAUUCUUCUUUGUGAAUAAUAUGUAACUUCUAGGAGCAACACUUUCAGACUUUCAAACAUCAAAGCAACUGCCCCAUCCGACACUUCUUAACUUCUCAACCAAGAUUGGCUCCCUUGAAAAGCCUCUCCUUUCUAUGUUCGAUCAACGUCCUUUCCUCAUCAUUAAUCUCAUUCAUUUCUUACCUCAAAAUAAUGCCAACAACAUUAUUAUUUGAAAUGACGUUGUUUCAUCCGUUUCAACUUCAGAUGGUAGAUAUCGGUAGUGCAAUCGACAUAGGGAGGAGAGGAAAUACAAGGUGAUGGUUGGAUCAAUAGAGGGAGGAGGGGAGAUGACAUUGGAAAUUGGGGAAACAAGGGGAAAGGGUGGGUGGCUGGUGUGACAAACAUCGUUUGGAGGUAUAUGAUAAAAGUUUGUUGUGCAUACAAUCUUGUUUUCCCUCUAUUCUAUAAAAAAGAACUAGAGAAGUGAAUGUAGGAGAACAAAAGGAGGGUGCAAAAAGCAACUAAUUUCAUACAAAAACAUUCAAAGGGAGGAUACUUCUACUAAAAAUAUAAGACCAGCUUCUAACUCCACUACGUUGGAUUAAUUAUUUAAUUAAUCAAUUAUGGAUCGACAACAAUCAAUUAUUAGAAAUUCUUAAUAUAAAUUAUGAUCUAUUAUAUUAAACACUUAAUUAUUGAUGAAUUAUUUGAUUGAGCUAUUGUUUUUGAAUGGACCGUGAUGAGUUGGACCAUUCGGUUAAGCCCAAUAAGAAGUCUCUGCCAUCAUCCGUUCAGUUGUAUAAACGUUAUCCCAUCAGACGUUUUCACAAGAUUAAACCUAAACACUAAUGGCGAUGCAGAUAGUUAUUCCUCUCAUGAUUUUGCUCUCUCACAAUAUUCGCUAUACUAAAAGGUACACUCUUCAUGAUUCAAUCUAUUGUUUAAUAUGUUAUAUUUUGUGUCUAACCAUUCAUAGCUCAUAUUGAAAUUUCCUUCACACUACUCUUCACACAUAGCUUCUGAAAGAAAAAUCUAUCCAUAGCAAAUCCUUCAAAAUUGACAAAAUCAUGUUAUCUAGUUUAAAUGAUUAAUGAGCUAUAUAAAUUGUUUGGAAAUUCUUUUGAAUGAAUUUAUUUUUUAUUUAUUUUUCGAUCGAACUUCCAAUUAUGAGAGUUUUUUUUUCCUGAAAACACAAUAGGAUUAUGGAAGAAGAAAAAAAACCUUCACAAAUAUUGACUAGUCCAACUUGAAUUGAAACAUUGCCACCAUUUUUUCAACAGGAUAAACUUACAUAAAAUAAUAAAAAUAAAAUAGAAACACCGCACACGAAUCUGAAAGGUGUGUGAUUGAACACCAAAACACUGAGCAACAAAUAAAUAAUCACCAUGUUUUCAAAUUUUAGUUCCUUAAUUUAAUUCAUUCAUUCAGUUCAAUUUAAUUUAAAUAACUAAUAAAUAAAUACUAAAAUGACUUGUAUUAGUAAUAUUUUGUCAUUAAUACCGUUACUACCCUCCAAAUUUCCCAAUUUCUGCACCUCUAACAUACGCCCCACACCGAUCGUCGCUCGUUCACCGCAAUACCGCCGGAAAACUCAUCGGAACCCGCCGGGAACUGAAAUGUCCGGCAUCGUUCCGAGAUCGGCAUCUGCUUUCCGACUUAGCACCGAUGAUGAUAGCGACUCAUUAUUGGGUUCUCGAACCGGUGCAGGAAAAGACGAUACGUUAAUAACAGAGACAGAUCUAGAGGCUUCCUCCACUAGUAAAACUGCUCUUCGGAAGAAGAAAUAUGGUACAUUGUAUGGGAUUGAUCUAUCCCCAGAUACUGUUGCUGUUGCGAUGGUAUACUUUGUUCAAGGUGUUUUAGGACUUGCAAGGUUGGCUGUUAGCUUUUAUUUAAAGGAUGAUUUGCAUCUGGAUCCUGCUGAGGCAGCUGUGAUUUCUGGUAUUUCUGCGUUUCCAUGGCUCGUCAAACCACUGUAUGGUUUUAUUAGCGAUUCUAUCCCCCUUUUUGGUUAUCGGAGAAGGUCAUACCUAGUUUUAUCAGGGCUGCUUGGUGCACUCUCAUGGAGUCUGAUGGCUACUUUUGUGGACAGCAAAUAUAGUGCUGCUAUUUGCAUACUCCUUGGAUCUCUCUCUGUUGCUUUCUCGGAUGUUGUUGUAGAUUCAAUGGUCGUGGAAAGGGCGCGCGGUGAGUCACAAAGCACUUCGGGAUCUCUUCAGUCUUUAUGUUGGGGUUCGUCAGCUUUUGGUGGAAUUGUGAGCUCCUAUUUCAGUGGGUCUUUGCUGGAUGCAUAUGGAGUAAGGUUUGUUUUUGGUGUCACAGCAUUGCUUCCACUACUGACAUCUGCUGUUGCUGUUCUUGUAAAAGAACAACCUAUGCUUGGUACAGCAAGAGGGCAAACAUUUUCAUUUGCCGGGCCCGAGUUUUUGGAAAGUUCAAAAGAGAGCAUUAUUCAGCUAUGGGAUUCUGUACGACAGCCCAGUAUUUUUCUUCCCACCCUGUUUAUUUUCUUGUGGCAAGCAACCCCACAGUCUGACUCUGCUAUGUUCUACUUUAACACAAAUUCUCUUGGUUUUACCCCCGAGUUUUUAGGACGUGUCAAGCUUGUUACCUCAAUUGCAUCCCUGCUCGGUGUUGGACUUUAUAAUGGAUUUCUGAAGAAUGUUCCUUUGCGGAAAAUAUUUCUUGGGACUACCAUUUUAGGUUCCGCUCUUGGGAUGACUCAGGUUCUCCUGGUCACCGGACUAAACCGGAAGUUUGGAAUAAGUGAUGAGUGGUUUGCUAUUGGCGAUUCGCUAAUUCUCACUGUUUUGAGUCAGGCUUCUUUUAUGCCAGUUCUUGUGCUAGCAGCAAGAUUAUGUCCAGAGGGGAUGGAGGCAACUCUUUUUGCAACUCUCAUGUCGGUAUCUAACGGAGGGAGUGUUCUUGGGGGAUUGAUAGGUGCAGGCCUGACUCAAGUAUUUGGUGUCACCAAAGACAGAUUUGAUAACUUGGCAGCUUUGAUAAUCCUCUGUAAUCUUAGCUCAUUAUUGCCUCUGCCACUUCUUGGUCUUCUCCCCGGGGACAAUCCUGAUGCAAAUCUAAAGGAUGAUUCUGAAACUGAGAUGAAGUCUAAUUGAUCCUAGUUGUUUUCCACUGGCCUUCCUUGAGGUUGCCUGUCUUAGCCAAGCUCUACCAAGUUUUGCUCUUAAUGCUUGCAAAUUCAAUAGACAUUACUUACUUGCACACGCAGAUAAAGAGAAUCUUGUCUUGUAUAUAGUACGAUGCUAAAGUUGCCGGCAGGGCCCUGUUUUAAACCAUAUUGAUUAUAGGUUCUCAUAACACAAGGUCAAAAUUCACUUCAAAAGUUCCAUUUUAAGAACAUUGAGACAAUGUUGUACAAUAUCCGGAUUGACACAUGACAAUGCGAGUCACCAACUACAAGGUAUCUGUCCCUCGAGAACAUUCACAGCAUUACUUUGUAAGUUUGUAGAGUACUUUCUCGCUUUUAUUUAAUCUUGUGGCCUUAUAUACUUCUUUGUAAGGACUAAAGCUUUGUAUUUAAAUUUUGUCAAUAAAAAAAAGCUCUGUAUUUAAAUAGCCAA